UACAGCCAUAAGCGUAACCACCUGACGUCAUCGAGGGGGUCGAAGACUCGAAGGGUCUUUGCAUAGCAAUAAACAUUGUAACCUCCUGCUGAAGUUUCCUCUCCCAAGAGAAAUUUGAGUCCUGAACUCUUCGUCGCAAAUCUCAAAUAUUAGUCUCUAGAAAUGGCUGACGCAGAAACAAUUCAAGGUGUGGGAGAUUUGGAGAUUCACGAUGACGAUGAAAAUGAUAACAAAUACAAAGCUCCUCCGCAGAAAACGAUAGAUGAACUUAUUAAAGCAGAUGCUGAAGAUGACAGCUUGCGCAAGUACAAAGAAACCCUCCUUGGCAGGGCCAAGGAAGAAACAAUUGUCGUUGAUCCGAGUGAUGACAGGAAAGUGAUAGUUAAGUCUCUAGCUCUCAUUGUGGCUGAUCGGUCAGAAAUGGUGCUUGACCUAACCUCAGAUUUGAACGAACUGAAGAAACAGGUGUUUGUGAUCAAAGAAGGUGUCUCAUAUCGUAUUCGGAUAGAUUUCAUUGUUCAGCGUGAGAUUGUUCAUGGGUUAAAAUAUGUACAGAAAACAUACAGGCUUGGCGUUCCAGUGGACAAGAUGACACACAUGGUUGGAUCUUACCCACCAAAAAGUGAGGUGCAGAGCUACACAACACCAGCCGAGGAUGCCCCAGCAGGUUUGAUGGCUCGUGGUAGCUACGCUGUUCAAUCUGUGUUCACGGACGAUGACAAGAACAUUCAUCUCAAAUGGGAAUGGGCCUUUGACAUCAAGAAGGAUUGGAAAGAUUGAGUCGAACAUGACAAAAACUAAAAGGAUGGAUUGUCUCUGGAAUGUCGCUCAUCCAAAUCGUAUUCAUCGGAUGUAUUAAACUUGUGUCACCAUUUUUCUACUUUUUAGUUGCUAAGAAAUUUUCAAUACUUCUAGGUGUAAGUAUUUAUUGGGUGAACAGUUGAAAGACGAAAUCAAGAAAAGUAUCAAAGUGACAUCAAAGUAACAUACUACAGGGAAGAAAUGCUCGUGGAUUCAAUGUCAGCGAUCAUGAGAUUCGCUCUUCUUCCAACAAUCUUUAAUACUGUAUUUUUCUACUUUGUUUUUUAUAGUUGUAAUUUGUAAGAUGUGAUUUUUAUGAAAUUGAUGCGAAAAGCAUCCUGCUUAUAGCUUAAUGCCAAAUCAUUAAUAUUUUUAAAG